AUGGCGCCCAUCACGACGGCAUCGGACGAGAGCAACCACAUGGCACUGCUCGAUAAGCUGGACAUGCAAAAGAUCCACAAGCCAUUCCGCAAUCCGCGCUGGAAGCCGGCGCAGCGCCGUAACAAGACAGUCAAGCAGAUAGUCUCCGAAGCGCAGCGCAAGGAACAGGCGUUACUACUACAAUCAGUCCAAGCGACUCGUAACAACAGCGCUGCCGGUACCCCUCAGCCAGAAGCCGCUGUCCCUGAAUCGCAACCUGCCCAGCCAAUCGUCACACCUAGCUAUACCUACACAUCAAUCCAAGCUGCACCAUCGUUCAAGCCGAAGCAAAAGUACUGCGAUAUCACCGGUCUGCCCGCUCCAUACAGCGACCCGAAGACUGGCCUGCGCUACCAUAACACUGAGGUCUACUCGGUCAUCAAGACCUUGAGCACAACGCAGGUGCAAGACUACCUGGCCGCAAGAGGUGCACACACGGUUCUCAAGUGA